AUGAGCGUGCUAAUAGGCGUCAACCUUUCACCGUCGAUGCAUCGAGUGUCAAACGGUAGUGUCGCAUCGGGUGACAGUCGUCGCAACAGUAUGGUCGACUCGUCUGGACGAUUUUGUAGCCAACCGACUAACGGCUCAUUUACAUGUCGUUUUUUAAACUUUUGCUUCCAAAUUGGUUCAGAUUUCUUUCUAAUUAUUGAUUUUUAUUUUUCAGACACAUUCAUUAAAAUCGUUGCCGUCGGUGAGUUCGGUAAUGAAUUAUGGCGUCAGAAAACAGAACUGGUUAAAGGAAGCUCGGAGCCACAUUAUAACUAUUCCUUACAUCGUACAGAUCUGGAUGUCUGUACGGUACGAAUUGAGGUGUGGAGCCCAGUGGGUGUGUUGAGGCGACGACAAAUGCUGGGGUGGUUGGCGAUGGGACUGAAUUCAAGCUCUCCCGACGCACAAGAACACUGGCAACAGAUGAUACAGGGAAGCGGCACCACUGUUACAAAAUGGCAUCCUGUACACCCACCUGAAUAA